AUGAUAAGGCAUCUGCUGAAGUUGACGUGGGGUUAUAGGAGGGCGCAGGAGUGUUGGGAAACUUGCUGGCUUCUGUCGACGAGGAUAUUGGGUAGUUGUCAGCGAAGAAAAGUGAACUUCGGGGGAGGCAGUCUUGCUAUCUUCUGGAUCCGCUCGUCAGCUCUCCUUGGUAGUGAGUGUGGUCUUGGUGUCUGCUCAACUCGCUUGUGGGAUCUCCUUGGUAGCGAAGGGAAUAUUGAGAUCUUGACCCAGUAUCACGGCAGCAAUCCUCAUCAACAAGAUCAGCGCAGUGAUCCCUGUUGGGCCAGCCUAGGAACAAAAAGGAGAACAUUUCCCCCUUCCUUAUUCGUAGCCCCAUCACUCUUCACAGCCUUACUCUGCUUGUUUCUGCCAACUAUAGCUACUGUCUCUUCUUCCCACUCAAAAAAGCAACCCUUCACAAUCCGUCUAGCCAUACCAGCGGAUAUAAGUCACCUCGCCGCUAUAGAAGACAGGUAUACUACGAAGUUUCGCUCCGAAGCAAACGUCGAAGCUUACGGGCCAUGCGAGGCGACGCUGCAUGGCUUCCGAGCCAUGGAUUGUCUCUGGGUCGCUGUUCCAUCCAGUCCCUCUGCCCUUGCCCCGUCCGAAGCUUCACCCAUAGGCUACAUAGCCAUCGACAGCUUCUACAAUGACCUGGACAAUGAGAACGCCGCAAGCGUAUACAUCAACCAAGUCUCUGUCGACCCGGGCUUCGGAGGGCAGGGUGUCGGACGACAACUCGUCUCACAUGUCGAGGGAUGGAUGACCGGUAUGGGGUAUUAUUGGCUUGACUUGACAACUUUCCGUGAUGUGCCCUGGAACUGUGCCUGGUACGAAAGGUUAGGAUUCCAAGUGUUAAGCGAUGUCGAGCUGGAGGAUAGCAGCUAUUCGGACCUGAGGGACGAGUUACACAAGAACAACGCUCGCUUGCGGGCAGAUGACCGCGUUGAUGGAUACGCGCUCGUAGCCAUGCGUAAGAUGGUCGGGGCUCCUCCUCCUCGUGAGGCGUCGAGAUACCGGGAUGAAUCUGAUCCGCUUUAUUACUUGGACUAUCCAGACUCGCUCCCCUUGUGGGAUGAUGAGACACCGUGA